UAUUUAGUUUAUAAACGAGUUCCUCAGAGUACGAGGCCAAAAAUUUUCAAUUCUCGGCAUUUUAAUUAACUUUAAUACGAUUUUUCUCAGCGAUUUCUCGCCUUUCAAAGUGGACGGAUCAUCGUCGCAUUCAUUUUAAAUGCCUUUGAUUUUUAUAGAUGGCCGUUAGGUGAAUUACAAAUCCGUCAUGAAUCAUUUGAAUGUUAACGGUGCUAACGGUUUAACAAAGCCUUUUAAAAUACUACGUUUUUGGUGUUUAUGUGCUGGCAGCUUAGGGUUGUUUCAGUCUCUUACUUGGAUUGCAUUGUGUAUUGUUGGCAUUUUAUCCUAUAAAUGCGCGAUACCAGUGAAUAAUAAUUUAACAUAUGGCUCCAUACUACAAACAGUGUAUAUGGAAGUGUAUUUUAAAGGCAACUGCACACCGCUUUCCUAUCCUAAAUAUGAUCUUACGCUACUUCAAACCGUUCAAACCGUAUUGGAUGUUAAACAGAUAGUAAUAUGGAAUUGCGUAUAUUUAGCGGUGGCCAUAUGCUGGUGCAUGACUUCAGCAUGGAUGUUAAUAAUUAUCAAGCGAGACGAAUCUGAAACGAUAAUAGCUGCGGUUUCGACUUGGAUUGCUGUGAUGCUUAGCGUUAUCGUUAUGGAUUUUGCUUUGGCCGUUAUAUUCAGUAUUGAUUAUAAUCGUUUCAGCCAAGAAGCAGACAAAUUCACUCUUGACGAUCCUAAGGCAGCUCUACUAUUUGCCGGCAUGAUUGCGUCCAUAAUAAUGAUGAUUUUAUCAUUUAAAGGAUUUAUUUUAUGGCUGAUUAAUGUGGCUGUGUUGAUGUAUCUAAUCUAUUUCUUAAUGAAAAUAACUAACAAUAACAACAGAAAGAGCAAUUGGUUCGCAUCACUUAUUAGAAAAUCUCCUUCUAAUAACGUAGUAAUUAGGCCGCCUAUACAGGCUUAUAAAGAGGAUGAGAAAAAUAACGGCAUGGUUCAGGCAUUCACAAAUGACGGUUAUGAACAUGAUAAUAAUGAGAAACCUGAUGUUCCUGCUGCCUCUGCAACCCAUGCUGCAACGACCAGACUACGACUGAAUGAAGAGCCUUUGGCACGUGCGGCUCGGGUAUCAGCCAAUGUUUCAAUGAUGGAAAGACGUUUUUUUAAUAUAGAAGCUUAUCAGCAAUAUCCGCCUAGAUCUCGGCCAGAAUCUUCUAUUCCUGAAGAAACAAGAUCAAGGCCAGAAUCCCCGGCCAAUUUACCACCACCCGAUUACACACCGCCACCAACAACAAAAAAUAACCACAGUGUGUAUCGUAACCAAAGGUUUUCAUAAAGAUGAAUGAACGCCUUUUUUUUUACCAAAAUGAAGAUUUUUGUAUUUGUAAGGAAAACGAAUAAAAUAUCAGGUCUUUGCUAUAUAGCCUUAUAUCUGA